CAAAAUCCCUUUAUAUUCUAUUUUCUAUCCAUCCGCAGACCACAAUUUCAAGUUUUCCUGUUAAAUGACAAAACAACCCAAAUCGCCACUCCCAAAUUACAACCACCUUAUCAGCCCCAAUGCCUUCUUCUUCUUCUUCUUCUUUGCUUCUUCUUCAACCCUACAGCCUGUGCUUCACCACUGAACUGCAACCAAACAAGAGGAGAGCUUCAUCGUAAUCAUGGACAUCUCCUCGGAGGCUCGGCCACCCCUCCACCUCCACCUCCACCUCCACCGCCCGCGCACGCCCUCAUGCCACUUGUUUCAUUUUUCACCGCAUGGCUUGUCUCGAAGAAAUGUUGUCUUUAAAAUCGCGCAGAAUCCUCCUCCUCCUCCCCCACCCGCCCAUGCCAUAUCUGCAAAGAAAGGAAAUUAUUCAAAUAAUACUGUUUGUCAAGAAGGAUUAUGUGAGCUAGUUUGGACUGUAGAAGCUGAUUUGGCACCUGGUCAGCUUCUUUACGUUACCGGGGAUCCUGUUGUAUUAGGCUGUUGGGAUCCGGAAAUGGCUAUCUUAAUGCAUCCCAUUUCACAUCCAAACUUGUGGGAAGCUCAAGUCACGGUACCUUGCGGUGUAAAUUUCAAGUAUAAUUAUUUUGUAAGAGAUAAAACAUGGCCUUCAUGCAAUGUCACUUGGAGACCCGGACCUGAAUUUUCUUUGUCAGUACCCGCGACUGUAAAACAAGAUAGAAAAAUUAUGGUGAGGGAUUCAUGGACUAAGUUUAAUACUGAGAGGUCUCCAGAUUAUUUAUGGGGUUCAUGGAUAGAGGAGAGAUAUCUACCAUUGGAACCUUCAAAUUGUGCUCCAACCAGAGAUGAACAUGUGAUUGCAAAACACCUUCAGAUUGAUUUCAAAGAGCCAAAGGCAUUCCUGAAUGAUCUCAAAGUCAACAAUAAAUCUCGCACCAACGAUGAGGAUUACCUAACAGCAACAUAUGAUUGCCCAAACUCAGUUUUCCAUGAAAGAGACCAACCUCUCGAGGAACCCUGGUUACUCCAAUCACCUGUUAUCUCUGUUGUCUUUAAGGACAAAUUGACACAAGAUGUGUCAAAAAAUAGUGACACUGUGGAAGAUGGUCUGAAGAAAUUCAAGGUUAAUGAUCAGGGUAUGAAAGUGAAAGACAAGUUGUCUGCUAAUGGGAGCAAUCUGAAUUUGAAAGAUGAUUCAGUUUCUACUGUCAUACUGAUUAGUUCUUCAAUAUGUACAAUGCAAAGGAUAGCUGUAUUGGAAGAUGAGAAAUUGGUUGAAUUACUUCUGGAACCAGUUAAAAACACCGUGCUCUGUGAUAGUGUGUAUAUAGGGGUGGUCACAAAACUUGUCCCCCACAUGGGUGGUGCAUUUGUAAAUAUUGGGAGCUCAAGACCUUCUCUUAUGGACAUAAAGCAAAACAGGGAACCAUUCAUAUUCCCUCCAUUUUGUCAGAGGACAAAGAAAGGAGAGGUCAAUGGUUCUGUGCUCAAAGCCUUUGAAGAGCAUCCUGCUGCCCACGAAAAUGAACACACAUCACAUGAUGUUGAAGUCAUUGACGAUGUUUCAGAAUUUGUCUUUCACAGUGAUUUGGCACCAUUUCUGCAUGAUGAUCACGAGGAGCAUGAAGUUGAUGAUGAUUUUGAUGUUUCAGAAGUUAAGGAAAAUGUUAAUGGCAGUAUAGUUGAUUAUGGUGAAGUGGAUGCUGAUUUUGAGCAGUUCCUCGAUGGAAGGGAGCACCAUUUGGAAGGUGACACUGCCAGCCGUUCUACAGUUGAAACAGAAGAACCUAACUAUCCUCCAGUAUCUCAUCAAGAUAUAAAGGAUGCUAAGCAUACAUUAACUAGUGAAAACAAGUGGUCCCAAGUUCGUAAAGGCACAAAAGUAAUUGUUCAAGUUGUCAAGGAGGGAUUGGGUACAAAAGGCCCAACAGUGACUGCUUAUCCAAAACUAAGAAGCAGAUUCUGGAUAUUGAUCACACGUUGCGAUAGAAUUGGGGUUUCCAAAAAAGUUUCUGGAGUUGAGCGUACACGCCUCAAAGUUAUAGCAAAAACUUUGCAGCCACCAGGUUUUGGUCUAACUGUAAGAACUGUUGCUGCCGGUCAUUCAUUUGAGGAAUUGCAGAAGGACUUGGAAGGUUUGCUUUCAACUUGGAAAAGUAUAAUGGAACAUGCAAAAUCUGCUGCUCUUGCUGAAGAUGAAGGUGUGGAGGGGGCCAUUCCUGUUGUACUGCACAGGGCAAUGGGUCAAACGCUCUCUGUUGUCCAGGAUUAUUUUAGUGAAAAGGUUAGGAAAAUGAUGGUGGACUCUCCGAGGACGUAUCAUGAGGUUACUAACUACCUCCAGGAAAUUGCUCCUGAUCUUUGUGGACGAGUCGAGUUGUAUGAUAAAAGAACUCCUCUUUUUGAUGAAUUCAAAAUCGAAGAAGAGAUCAAUAAUAUCCUUAGUAAAAGGGUUCCACUAUCUAGUGGAGGUUCUCUAGUGAUUGAACAAACAGAGGCAUUAGUCUCAAUUGAUGUGAAUGGGGGACAUGUAAUGCUUCGUCAAAGGACUUCACAAGAGAAAGCCAUUCUAGACGUCAACCUUGCAGCUGCAAAACGAAUCGCAAGGGAGUUACGGCUGAGAGAUAUUGGUGGUAUAAUUGUAGUAGACUUCAUCGAUAUGGCAGAUGAAUCAAAUAAGAGACUAGUUUAUGAAGCAGUGAAGAGAGCUGUUGAGAGAGACCGGUCAACAGUGAAGGUUUCUGAAUUGUCAAAUCAUGGACUGAUGGAAAUAACAAGAAAGAGGGUUCGACCCAGUGUGACAUUUAUGAUCAGUGAACCAUGCACUUGCUGUCAUGCGACUGGCAGAGUUGAAGCCUUAGAAACCUCCUUUUCUAAGAUUGAACAAGAAAUUUGUCGUUCGCUUGCAACGAUGGACCAGAAGGCAGACCACGAAAACCCAAAGACCUGGCCAAGAUUUAUAUUGAGGGUUGACCAUCACAUGUGUAACUACCUGACUUCAGGAAAAAGGACAAGGCUUGCAGUCUUGAGUAGUUCCCUCAAAGUUUGGAUUCUUUUGAAGGUUGCUAGAGGUUUUACUAGAGGAGCAUUUGAGGUGAAGCAAUUUACAGAUGACAAAACAAACAAAGAUCAGCAACAGGUAGCUAUAUCAGUGCUCCGGCAAGCAGAGGCAAGAGCUAAAAAAUCUGGAGGGAAAGUAACACUUGUUCCUGUGAAAAAAGGAAAGGCUGGUCGCAAAUGAGAUUCCUUCCCAUCGGACUUUCCAUUCUGUACUAACAUGCAAUUCUUUGUAUAAUGUAGAGAGAAGGGGGGGAAGCAUAUUUUAUGCUAGCAUUUUGGUGCCCUUCUUGGCUGAUGGUGGACAUAAUACGUUUAAAAGGGUAAUUCCUAGCCGAUUCCAAUCUGCCUUUCAUUUUACUACUGAAUUCCAACCAUUUUUGUUCAAAGAACACAUCUUUCUCUCUUGUAUUUCAUGUAUUAUUAACCAAAGAAAUUCGGAAGCUAGUAUUGUUUUGUUUCCA